UAAAGUUUCUUGUCAAGACAAACUUGCAACAUAAUUUUGAACAUAAAAAUGGAUUCUUAUUCAUAUGCAGCUAUUUCUUCUUCUUCUUCUAAUUCUUGUUCCUCUAGUUCUGUUCCAUAUUCCAAAUAUCCACAAGAAGUAAAGAAAAACAAACCAUUACCUUCAUAUCAUUCCUCACUUCAUGGAGUUCGUAGGCUCCCAUUAAAACCUAUGACAAAACAGCCAAUUGCACCAUUGCCACCAACACCUCCUAAAAUCUACAGAGUGGAACCUGUUAAUUUCAAGGAAGUUGUCCAAAUGCUCACUGCUGCACCUGAGUUUCAAUCCGUCUUCAGUAAUUCGAACUCUGAUUCUAGUUCUGGUUCUGAUUCUAGUGCUAACAAUUCCAAUUCGAGGCGGUUGCAGGAUGUGGCUCCUCCUCCACUUGAUCUCUCACCAGUUUCAUUACCAAGAAACAGCAUCGCUGCAGAAUGGCGAGAGUUCCUUCGUCCUUCUUCCUCCUCAAACAACCAAGUUGAAUCAAUUAGCACGGCCUGUAAUGACUCAACAAAUGAAGCACAAGAAAGAUCACAUGGAACGCCAAAAAAUCCAUCAGAUAAUAUUUUUGGAUCAUGCAGUCCGCUGGCUAAUUUCCCUCUAUCGCCUGCUUCUUUUGCAUGGUGCUCUUCUAUUCUUCUGAGUCCUGCCACGCUUGCUUCACCAAGCACCGUUCUCUAGCUCCUUUGUCCUCACCUCAAGUCAUUUGAGAGUUGUACCUUGUUAUUCCGUAUUGUAUAUACUACUAUAUUUACUUUUGGGAGGAUCAAGAAUUUGAAUUGGAACUAAAAGAGAUCACAAUUCAAAUACUUGAAUUUACUUUCUUUUC